GCAGCGGAAGUGGCAGAAGCAACUCCAAGCUGAAUCUAAACACCGUCAUAUCCAAUUUCUUCUGAACUUUUGACUAAUCUACAUCCCUUUACUUCUUUUCUCAGAUAUAUAGGCAAUUUGAUUGUAUCCUCAUCGCGAUGGCCGGACCAGUGGGUGCCUGGCCAGUUAUUCUUCAUCAAUCGCUGGAAAAGAGUGAAAUCAGUCGACUUCUGCGACAAAAGAACUUCAAAAUUCGAAAUUCAGAGAGCGUCACCAACAAUAGCAUCAUCUUCCCCAUGUCGGGUGUUGCUUUUAUGAUCCUUCAUCUCAAAGACGUCAUCAGCGACGGUUGCAUCAGAGCAGAGGUGUGGGAGAGGUUGGCCUGGCUUUCUGUUUUCUACCUAGCAGCUGCAGCUGCUUCUAAAUCCACACGACGUAUCAGUAUUGACAAGUUUAUUCAAGUACACCGCCGUUGUUACAUCCUGGCUGAAGCCCCGUGCCACGCUGAGCAGGAACAGUGCGUCUUCUCAGCGAUACAAGAGAAAUAUAUGACGAGUUCUCUACAAAUGAUUCCAGUCCACACCCCUGCAGAGAGUAUCCAAGCAAUGUUAAACAUUUCCAAGUCACUGUGUAAGCCUAUGGGAGAAGUCGUGACCAGGAGAUUCCAAGGUGUUCUCACGCAUGCGAUGUGUGGAGAUGUCACUGGCGCCGCCCUGACACAGCUAGGCCUCACGGAACCCCAGAUUCAGUUUAUCCAGGAUGGAAUCGGUAACCUGGCACAGCUGGCGUCCGCCUCUCGAGAAGAUCUCCUCAACUGUAGCCUCGAUACCGACACUGCAGACCGAAUACUGGACAUAUUUCAUAAAUAGAACUCGCGUUGCUGUGUGAUCGAUGAUGAGCUGUAUUUAUCUUACGUUUACUCAAAGGGUAGCCCUGAGAGGUUGGAUUCAUGACCGUCGAAUCUCACUUAAUCUGUCUGCUAACUCAUACUGUAUGAUGGGUUUCAAUCCAGCUAUCAGAAAUGUCCAUUAUUGCACAGAUACAAUGAGCACGUUUCUUACAAAGCAAGUAUUGCAACACCCAUAUCAAGACUUGAAAUUAUCAUGGAGUAGAGCCACUCUUUUAUACUGUCAAAGAUGUACAGAAUAAACGUCUUCUGUGGAUAAGA